UAUUUUCAGGGCUCAUUCUUCUUCUCGUGUAUCUGGGGACUAGGCGGUGUCCUAAGUGUAAAAUCCAGGGAACGUUACAGUCUCCUGUUUCGAGGGUUCCUUGAGAAAACAUUCCCUGCAGAAUUAAUGGAAGAGUUUCAGCUGCCCGAACCAAUACAACCACCUUCGAAACCGUAUAUAUUCAUCAUGCCGAAGCAUGGCUCAGUUUUCGAUUACAGAUUCAUCAAAGAAGGCAAGGGAAAAUGGAGAUUAUGGUCUGACGAAUUAAUGGACAGUCCUCCUAUACCUCGCGACAUCCCCGUGAAUCAGAUAAUAGUGCCCACGGUCGAAACGAUACGGUACACGGCUUUGUUUCGACUAUUAGUGAGCAACGAGAAGCCGGUGCUAUUCGUUGGUCCAACCGGGACCGGGAAGUCGGUUUACGUGGUCGACUUUUUAUUGAAGAAGAACAAUCCCGAUGUAAAUAAGCCGUUGAUCAUUAAUUUCUCCGCGCAAACCACGGCUAAUCAGACCCAAGAUACGAUCAUGGGCAAACUGGACAGAAGGCGAAAGGGCGUUUACGGCGCGCCCAUUGGCAAGCGGUGGAUCAUUUUCGUCGAUGAUCUCUCAAUGCCGCUGAAAGAAGUUUACGGGGCCCAACCACCGAUCGAAUUGCUAAGACAGUGGCUCGACCAUGGAGAAUGGUAAAUCUUUUUAUAUAUACAAGUU